AUGAGUAGAGUAGCUUUAUAUGAUGAAGAUAAUGAUUAUAUAGAUGAGAAUCAUAUUAGUGAAUUUGCAAAAGCUUUAGUUUUUCAAGAUGAGUCUGAUUAUGAUCAUACUCAACCUACCACUCCAUUAAAUGAACCAAAUAGUUUUACAGAUGAUGAUGCUGAAGAAGAGGAAGAAGAAGAAGAUUAUGAUGCUAUAGAAUCAUCAGGAACAGAAGAAAUUUAUGAUUCAAAUACUGCAGUGCCUACUGAACCAGAUAAUCAACUUAAAAAUGAAACUACUCAGUUAGGUAUAACGCCGACCCAAAUUAGACCAGAUUUAAUUACAUCAAAAUCAGAUUGGUUUCCAGUUAUAAAUGAUAAAUCUACAAAAAAGACAAGACAACAACAACAACAACAGCAACAACAACAACAACAAUCUAAAUCAACUAUUGAAGCUUUACAAAAUGAAUUUCGAAAUAGUGCUGGUUAUACAUUGCUUCGAUGGCCAAUAUUAAUAUUUGUUUUCAUUUGGAUAUCAAUUUUAGGUUCAUUGUAUUUUAUUGUUAGAGUUUAUGUUGCUUUACUGGAAUAUUUUUUUACAUGGACCGGUGAACGGAAAAAAUUACGAGAUAAAUUAAGAAAUUCAAAUAGUUAUUCAGAAUGGAUUGAAAAUGCGAUUGCGUUAGAUAAAUUUUUGAAUUUAGAUAAAUGGAGUCAAAAUCCUAAAUUUUCAUAUUAUGAUUAUAAAACUGUUAAAUUAACAAUUAAUAGAUUAAAGAAAUUAAGAUUAGAAAAUAAGUAUAAUGAUUUAAUGAUUGUUUUACAAGGUUGUUUGAAAAAGAAUUUCGCAGGUAUUGAAAAUAGACAAUUAUAUUCUCAUAGAUAUUAUGGUACUAAAAAGUUAGUUGAGGAUUAUUAUAAAGAAGUUGUAACAUGUAUAAAUAAAGUCAAUGAAGCAAAUAAUAUUAACAUUGAACAUAAACGAAAAUUUUUCAAAAUUGUCCUGAAAAAUUUUGGUAAAUCUGCCCUUUGUUUAAGUGGUGGUGCUUGUUUUUCUUAUACCCAUUUUGGUAUUGCAAAAGCAUUAUUAGAUCAAGAUUUAUUACCAAAUAUUAUAUCGGGUACUUCUGGUGGUGGUUUAAUUGCUGCUUUAUUAUGUACAAGAAAUAAUGAUGAAUUGAAGAAAUUAUUAGUACCACAAUUGGCAAGAAAAAUUACAGCUUGUGAAGAUCCAUGGUAUAUUUGGAUUCCAAGAUUAUUUAAUACUGGUGCCAGAUUUGAUUCAGUAGCAUGGGCUAGAAAAUCAAAUUUUUUUACAAAAGGUUCAACAACUUUUGAAGAAGCUGCUUGGCUAACCAAUAGAAAAUUGAAUAUUUCUACUGUACCAGCUGAUCCACAUUCACCUGUUAUUUUAUGUAAUGAUGUAACUUCACCACAUUGUAUUAUAUGGUCAACUUUAUUAGCAUCAUCAGCUGUUCCUGGAAUUUUGAAUCCUGUUGUUUUAAUGAUGAAAAAUCCAACAAAUAAUCAAGUCAUACCUUUUAGUCUAGGAAGUAAAUGGAGAGAUGGAUCAUUAAGAACUGAUAUACCAAUUGAUGCAUUGAACACUUAUUAUAAUGUUAAUUUUACAAUUGUUUCACAAGUUAAUCCACAUAUAUCGUUAUUCUUUUUUGCUCCAAAGGGAACAGUUGGAAGACCAGUUCCAAUAUCAAGAAGGAAAACAACAAUGGAAAAAUUUGCAUCAUUAAGGGGUGGAUUUAUUGCAACUGCAUUAGAACAAUUAUUUAGAUUAGAAAUUCAAAAAUGGCUAAAAAUUGUAAAAUCAUUGGAUUUAUUACCAAGAUUAUUAAAACAAGAUUGGUCAAAUAUUUUUUUACAAAAUUUCACUGGUACAAUUACUAUAUGGCCUCGAAAUAGAUUAAUGGAUUUUUGGUAUAUAUUAAGUGAUCCAACAGAAGCAAGAUUAAAAGAAAUCAUAUUAAAAGGGGAAAGAUGUAUGUAUCCAAGAUUAUUAUUUAUAAAACAUAGAGCUUCAAUUGAAAGAGCAAUUGAAAAGGGUAAAAAACAAACAUUUAAUCAAAUAAUAAAUGGUAAAAUGAAUUUAUAUCCACAAGAUUCUGAUGAUGAAGAAGAAUUUGAUCCUAGUGAUUAUGAUUUUAAUAAUUUUAAAAAAUCAAUUGGUAUUGAUUUAGAUAAAGAAAUUGAAAAUGAUGAUAAUGAUUCAAUUGAUGAUGAAUAUGAUGAAAGUGAUGUCGAUUUAGAUGAAGAUCCGAAAAAGUUUAGAAGAAAUACAAUUUUUUAA